GCUUCGCAUUUCGCAUUUUACACGAUUUUGUAUUGCUUUAAUAAUUUAGUGGCUUUAUUUGACUGAUAUUGACUUUAAUUAUCGAAUUGAAACUUUGAAUCACAUAAACCAUAAUGACUUCCACUGCGCGUGCCGCAGUUUCUCAAAUAUUGCGAAAUAAAGAUGACACUGGUGACGACGAAGAUGAACCUAAAAAGAAGUCUAGAGAAGAUUGGAGGAAAGCUAAAGAGCUAGAAGAAGCUAGAAAGGCCGGUACGGCACCUGCUGCCGUUGACGAAACAGGCAAGGACAUCAAUCCUCACAUUCCUCAGUACAUUUCCUCUGCACCUUGGUACUAUGGUACUGCUGGGCCAACUCUCAAACAUCAGCGGCCACAGGCCGAUAGAGAGGGGGAGUUCACAAGGCUUGACACAUAUUACCACAAAGGAGUUGAUGUGACCAAAGUAGCAACAAAAUACAGAAAGGGUGCAUGUGAGAACUGUGGAGCUAUGACACAUAAGAAGAAAGAUUGCUUGGACAGGCCUAGAAAGAUUGGUGCAAAAUUCACAAAUGCAGGCAUUGCUCCAGACGAGUUUAACCAACCCAACCUCAACCUCAGUUAUGACGGAAAACGGGACAGGUGGAACGGCUAUGACCCGUCACAGCAUAAGGCAAUCAUUGAAGAGUAUCAGAAGGUUGAAGAUGCUAAAAGGGAGUUGAGAGCACAGAAAUUGGAACAAGAUCCGACAGCCACGGAAGAAGAUGAGGAUUUGGAGGGUGAAGACGAAGACAAAUAUGUGGAUGAAGUUGACAUGCCGGGAACUAAGGUGGACUCCAAGCAACGUAUCACUGUCCGAAAUCUUCGUAUUCGCGAGGACACGGCCAAAUAUCUACGGAAUUUGGACCCCAACUCCGCAUACUACGAUCCUAAGACUCGCGCCAUGCGAGACAACCCCAAUCCGGAGGCAGCUGAGUCAGAAUACGCCGGUGAGAACUUUGUCCGUUUAACCGGAGACACUCGGGCGCACGCCGCAGCCCAGAUGUUCGCGUGGGAGGCGCAGGCGCGAGGCCUGGACGUCCACCUGCUCGCUGAACCCACAAAGCUGCAACUGCUGCAGAGGGAAUACUCCGCUAAGAAAGAUCAUUUUAAGAGCGAGGUGAAACAAGCGGUGCUAGACAAGUACGGGGGUGAGGAACAUCUCAAGGCGCCGCCACGGGAACUGCUGCUGGCUCAGAGCGAGGUGUUCAUGACUUACAAUAGAGACGGCACGCUUAAAAACCCCGCUGAGAAGCAGUUGGCCAAGAGUAAAUACGAGGAAGAUGUGCUGAUCAACAACCACAAGACAGUGUGGGGCUCGUAUUGGAGGGACGGACAGUGGGGUUACAAGUGCUGUCACUCCUUUAUUAAGAUGUCAUACUGUGUUGGUGAGGCGGGCAAAUCCACAAUUACAGAGGUACCGGAGACAAGCACAACACACACUGAAAAGAGAGUAGAAGCUGUGGAUGACAAAGGAAAGUCGGAAAAAUCAGAUAAGUCUUCGUCGUCCGAGGACUCUAGCAGUAGCUCAUCAGAUUCCGAGACUGACACGAGAAUCAAGACAGAGAAAACCAGCAAGAAGAAGAACAAGAAAAAGUCUAAAAAGAAGAAGAAGAAGGCGCUGAAAAAAGAAAAGAAAAUAGAAGAUAAGCUAAAAAAGGCUCUAGAAAUGGAGGACAAAAGUCAAAAGCGAGCGGACUACUUGCUGUCGGUUGAUGAACGAAAACGGCCAUACAACAGCAUGACGCAAGUAAAGGAGCCUACCACAGAGGAAAUGGAAGCUUACAUGAUGAAGAGGAAGAGAGAGGAAGACCCUAUGAGUCAGUUCAUGUAGUGUAAAUAAAAUCAUUAAGGAUUCAAAAAGUUGUUUCAA